AUGGAGGAGACUGAAUCAAUAGCUGAGUAUUUCACCAAGAUUCUCACACUCACCAAUAAGAUGAAGUGUUGUGGAGAACAGAUUAAGGAACAACUGGUGGUUGAGAAGGUGCUCAGAACACUGACAUCAAAGUUUGAUCACAUUGUGGUGGCCAUUGAAGAAUCAAAGGAUCUUACAUCUUUCAAGCUUGAAGAACUACAAAGUUCACUUGAAGCGCAUGAGCAGAGAUUAAGAGAAAGGAAUCCUGAGAAGCACAAUGAUCAAGCCUUACAAGCUCAAACAGAUUCCAAAUGUGGUGAUUCUGGAUCAUCUUCACAGAAAGUUGUGUCAAAUCCAAGAAGCCAAUUCUCAGGGAAAAAGAAAUGGGUCGACAAGAAGAAGGUGCAGUGUUACAACUGCAGGAACUUUGGCCAUUUUGCAGCUGAUUGUAGAUUCAGUAAAGGCUCUCAUGUGAAAGGUGAAGAAGCAAGGUUGGCACAAGAGGAGAAUACAGAAGAUGAUCAUUAUCUGCUGAUGGUUACCACCAAAAAUGAUCUUCAGUGUGCUAAUUUCUGGUACCUAGACACUGGUUGCUCAAACCAUAUGUCAGGGAGAAGAGAGUGA